AUGUCUAAUGCUCCUUCGUCGUCCGAUAGUCCCGAGCUCCUUCACGAUACCGAAAAGCUCGCUGCGAGUAAUUCUUCGCUGGAUUCGCAGCCUGAGGAGAAGCGACACAUCACCGGUUUCAAGUGGGCGUUAUUUUUGAUUAGCACCUUGACGGCCAUUUUCGUCUACUCUCUGGACAACACAAUUGUUGCCAACAUCGCUCCGGAAAUUGUCAAUAAGUUUAACGCGGUCGAAGAUUUGCCAUGGCUGUCGGUCGGGUUCAUGAUUGGAGGAAUGGCCAUGAUCCUGCCAUUCGGUCAGUUGUAUGCGCUGUUCGAUGCCAAGUGGGUGUUCAUUGUAUCCACCGUCGUGUUCAUGGCAGCCUCUGCACUCUGUGGCGCGGCGCCCAACAUGGACGCCGAGAUUGUCGGACGAGUCUUUGCAGGUGCUGGCGGUAAUGGGAUGUACUUCGGCCUGCUUGCUCUGAUUUCCAUGAACACCACCAGCCAGGAACGGCCGAAAUGGCUAAGUUUGAGCGGCUUGGUCUGGGGUUUGGGGACAGUCUUGGGUCCUGUUGUUGGCGGGGGCUUUGAGCUGUAUACCUGGCGCUGGGCAUUCUACAUCAACCUGCUGUUUGGUGCCUUCUUACUGCCAACCUAUCUGUUCGUCCUUCCAUCGAAUGACCCGCUACCAGGGACGUCACGACGUCAGAAACUGGCCAGCUUCGACUGGGUGGGCUCCGUGAUCAGUAUCGGCGCGUUCACCACCCUGGUCAUGGGCAUCAACUUUGGGGGAACCCUUUACGCAUGGAACAGUGGGCAGACAAUUGCUCUGUUUGUGGUGUCCGGAGUUCUAUGGAUCAUUUUCGGCCUUCAACAAGGGUUUAAAACCGCCACUUCGAUCGAGAGACGUAUCUUACCUAUCCAUCUGUUUGCACAGAAGGAGCCAGUCUUGCUCUUUAUCUCCUGUGCGGCGGUUGGCGCGGUGUCCUACACCAGUGUCUAUUAUAUCCCCAUCUACUUUCAGUUCACCCAGGGAGACAACGCGAUCAGAUCUGCAGUCCGCCUGCUCCCAUUCAUCUUCUUGCUAAUCACCGCCAUUCCGACAAGUGGGGCCGUGAUGUCUCGUCUUGGCUACUACAAGCCCUGGUAUCUGGCCGGUAGCAUUAUUGCCUUCAUCCCGGCUGUUUUGAUGUCCACGAUUGUCCAUGUGGACACCUCAGCUGGCGUGAUAUAUGGUCUUGAAGUCAUCCUCGGACUCGGCGCUGGCGCCUACACCCAAGCCGCGUUCGCAGUCAUCCAGGCUGUUGUGACCCCAGCUGAUGCGCCUAACGGGCUGACUCUUAUGUUACUGGCUCAACUAAGCGGCAUGACCCUGGGCCUGUCCGUUAGCGGUGCCAUAUUCGUUAAAAUCGCCUCGAAUAACCUGUUCGCCCUGCUCCCAGAGUACCCAAAAUCCGAUGUCAGGCAGAUCGUCUCUGGGACCAGCGGCCAGCUGCUCCAGUCGCUUUCCGAGAAUAUGCGCGAGCAAGCACUUGCAAUUAUCGUGUCCGCAUGGCAGAACAUUUUCGUUUGUGUGUAUGCGGCCGCUGCCGCAAGCUUGAUAUGCUCAGUCUUCAUGUCGCAUAAACGGUGCAACGUCUCGGCCGCUGCCGGUGGUGCGUGA